ACCUCAUUUCUGGAUUUUGACAGUGAAUCAUUUUCCGAUGAAAGUCUCAUUUUUGUGUCAAAUAUGUCAACAAAGGACCCGACAAGUGUCUUCCCAAUUCAUAUACUUGUUUGGCAUAACAGAUACGAUGAAUUAGACAAAUUACUUGCAAAGCAAGAGAAUGAUCUCGAGAAACAGGACCCAAGGGGCCGGACCCCUCUUCACUUGGCCAUCACCAUGGGAUACCUGGAAAGUGCUCGUGUCCUGCUGAGGCAUGGAGCGAAUGCUAAUGCUGAAAAUAAAAGAACCUGGAAUGUUCUUCAGGAAGCUGUGAGUACGGGUGACCCAGAGCUCGUGCAGAUGGUACUGCAACAUCGAGAUUAUCAGCGCUUUUCAAAUAGAACAGUUGGCGUACCAGAACUUCUACAAAGACUCAAAGAAGCUCCAGAUUUUUAUGUUGAAAUGAAAUGGGAAUUUACAAGUUGGGUACCACUCAUCUCCAGAAUGUGCCCCAGUGAUACGUACAAAGUUUAUAAAAGUGGUGCUAAUGUGCGGAUAGACACAACCUUGUUAGGGUUUGAUAACAUGAAUUGGCAGAGGGGCAGUCGCAGCUUCAUAUUCAAAGGAACAUCUGAUUCAGCCCUGGUGAUGGAGGUCGACCAUGACAUGCACCAAGUUUACACCGAGACCAUGCAAGUCCUGCCCGAUGCCCCUGAUAUACUCCUUCAGCCGUCAGAAGAUGCCGUCGCUGGGCGACUUACAUCACCAAUUAACACAACUUACAUAGAUGUAGAUAAAAUAUCAUUUGAGAGAAAUAAAUCUGGUAUAUGGGGCUGGAGAAGUGACAAGACAGAAGCUGUGAAUGGUUACACUUGUAAAGUUUUUAGUGCCAGUAACGUCGAGCUUGUCACCAAAACAAGGACAGAGCAUCUGACAGAGCAGGAGAAACAGAAAACGAAAAAGAACAAUCGUAACCCGCUUGAAUCAUUCCUUGGAAUUGCUGAACAGGAGGAGAAGGCUCAGGCAGGGGCUGCCGCAAAUGGGGAGGUGACAACAAUGGCAAACAACCCAUGUUCAAUCACGCCGGAGGAGUAUUUUAACCCUGAAGUGGAUCUGGGUAAAAAAGACAUUGGCCGUCCAAUUGAGCAAAUCACUAAGACUCAGAAGUUUAAGGCAAACCUGUGGUUGUGCGAGGACUACCCACUCUCACUUCAGGAGCAGGUGUUACCCAUUAUAGAUCUGAUGGCUACUAGCAAUGCCCAUUUCAAGAAACUCAAGGACUUCAUCACGCUUCAGCUGCCUGCCGGAUUCCCUGUCAAAAUUGAAAUCCCCUUAUUCCAUGUUUUGAAUGCUCGCAUCACAUUCGGCAACAUCUAUGGUUCUGACGAAGCUGUCGCUGGUGUACAGACUAUCCGUGAAGCAGAUGAGUCCGCCACUCCUAUGUUCUGUUCGGUCGAUGAUUCUGUUUUUGAGCCACCGUUGUCAUACUCACGGCGAGGAAUGUCGGGAGAUGUUCAUCAUCAACGCAUCAUGGAUGAAGAUGAAUUAUUGCAGUUUGCCAUUCAACAAAGCUUGAUGGAGAAUGGAACUGAAAAUGACCAGGUGACCUUCUGGGAAGCACUGAACAAGUCUCGUCCUUCAGUAGAACUCUCCAGUGAGGAGAAUAGGCAGUUACAGAGAGCCCUCGAGGAGAGUAUGAGGAACAGCCAAAGUAUUGCGACACCAACCGACACACAACCGUCGCCCCAGUAUGAGUCAUAUGAAGAUGAGCAGCUCCGCCUGGUGAUGGAACUCUCACGGAAGGAGGAAACGGAUCGUGAGCGGAGAGCUAGAGAGGAGGAGGAAGAGCUUGAGAUGAUCAUCCAGUUGUCCCUUAAGGAGAAAUAGACUUGAGUAUCAGAUUGAGUGAGAACCACCGCCACGAUGAGACUUGUGGAGGGAUCAGAGGUAAAACAAUUGAACCAAACACCGUGGUAUGAUAAAUAGUUGAUUAUUGUUAUCUAUUUGUUCUCAUGACUGUGGCUUGAUUACUCUCUUAGGCUAAAUCAUCAGUACUUGGUGUGCCUAUGCAAGAGUUAUCAUUGGCUGGAGACUAGAUGGUCUAUUUCAAAUAUCUCUUGAUAGUCAUACUUAACUUACAACAAGCUUUGUUGAUCAUAGAGGUGUAUGUCAGUUGUUCUGGCUCUGAUCCUCUCUCUGGAAACCUGCAGAUGCCAGCAGUGAUCUUGAAUGCUUAGAUAUUUCAGGAGUAAGGCAGAUGAUGAACGAAUUAGAGAUCCACCGGUUGUGUUAGUUGGAAAAUCAGCUUAUAAAAUCAUGAACUGUUUGUCACGUGUCAUAUAAAGACAGUACAGUCAGUGUACAUUUCAUUUUGCAUUUUGCAGUGUACAUUUCAUUUUGCAAUGUCAGAGUUGGUGGGCUGUCAUGCUGGAUGGUUCUUUCAGGGGAAUAUCCAACUGCCAGAUCAGUGGUGAAGUAAUCUGAUCAAAUUGUAUUAAAUCUACUCCUUUCUGAUGAAUGCUGUGCAGUAUGAGUAGAGUAUGCAGAUAGGUUUCUAUGGCUUUGUCACCUGGUAUAAAUUUCAUUCUCGUUUCUUCAAAGUUGUAUUUUAUUUGUCUGUUAUUCAAUAAUCAUCUUCCAUAUUGCCAUUCGCUAUAGAGGUAGUCCAUAUCCUAUAUUCUAGACUUUGUAUUGUCACCAUUUCAAUGACUCUCUUUCAAUGUGAUAGCAGCAGGAUGGGCCUGUAUACAGGUAGUACCUGACAGAACAUGAUUGGGGUGGUAGUUUGAUGAUGUUCAUUAUAUUGAACUUUUGAAUAACUUCGUUAUUUGAAGGAAGUUGAGAGUGGUUUAAUUGGUAUGAUGAUGAAGUUGUCAAAUUAUUUCAUUACUGACAUCUGUUCUACUUUUUGUGCUUUUAUAAUUGGGCAUUUAUUAAAAUGAGAACUAACCUUUUAGGCUUAGUAUCCAGGGCAUUUUGAAAUAGCAAGGCUUUUUAUUGGGAUGAAAGUGUUAACAAAUUUGCUUCGGACGCAUGUGUUCGGUCAUCAGGCUUAAAGGCAUCCGUUUACAUGUUAUAAGGGUAGUUGUGGUGUGUUACAAACGUCAACAAAGCAAGGUACUGAUUAUUGAUCUGUUUGCUUCAUUGAACAUUACUCAAUGUCAUGCAUUGCACCCACGUGUUGCACAAGUAGGCUUCCAUGCUUGUCACAAUAUGUAAUUGAUCCUGAGGCAGGAAAACAGUGAAGGAUUUUGACUUCCUAUGAGAGGGUUAAUGUACGUCUGGUGGCAUUUUCCGCCUCUUGACAUGGUUUGUUUGUUUUGUUGUUUUGAAGCUUGAUUACUGGAUUAUGGUGCUGCGAAGAGGUGCAAUAUGAUAAUUCAUGGAUUUCUGCUUGUCAUGUGACUUCCAUCAUUCAACUUUUUAGGUUAGACUUGUGAAUGUUCAUGCAAGUACAUUGUAUUUGAUUAGGAUGGAUGCUGAGAAUUAACUUAUGUGGUCUAAUAGUUGACUGGUCCUACUGUCUAUACAUGACCUUCGUAUAACAGCAUGAUGAAAACCACACCACUUCAACAAAUCUAUGUAAGAAGUAUGCAUAUGGAGUGGAAUUGUAAAGACAAGCUUGUUUUAACCCUUUAGAUCUGCAACAGUCGUCACUUCAGUAAAUUCAAGCCAGCAACUGCCAGCCAUGUGUACAGGUUUGCAGAGACGGGGCAGCCAUAUUGCCCUGUAUUUCUGUUCACAGGCAGUCAGAAACCAGUGGUGUGAAGACUGUAUGGAGGCCGUUGAGGCUCUAAAGGGUCAAGUUCAUAUAAUAUAUAAACACUUUCUAUUAUAGUAUGUAUACACAUAUCAGAGAUUUUGUACUCAUUUUGUGAAUUAGGAUAUCAUUGAAUGGGUGUUGAUUAUCCGGAUUCUGAUAUCGAUUUGUAAAUAUGUAUGUUAGUACAUAUUCAUACGCUGUAAUGCUAUAAUGCUGCUCAUUCAUUGUGAAUAAUAACGUAUCUUGGAUGGUUUUAAAUUCAUAUCAUAGCAGUGUCAAAGCUUAGAGCUUUUUGCAAGAAUAAAUGGUUCAA